AUGAAUGAAAACGGUACCCUGGUCCUCGAGCAUAAACGGAAGCAACUGGAACAGGUUGCCGUUUCGGCGCGAACGCUUACCGAUCUGGUUAUUGAUUUUGAUCCGACCCAAUGCAACGAAGGCGAAUUAGGUGAGCUUAUUAGACUAGGUGAGAAGCUGGAAGGAAUUGGUGUCACACUACUGUCCAAAGCAGAGUCAAAAUAUGCCUGGGAGGCCAGUGCAGGGCUACGAUUCAAAGUAGCAGCUGCUACAUCCAAAGUCAUUGCCAAAGAAGAAGUCCUAGUACCUUCAAGCUUUCGUCGGAGUAUCAAAGCAAUAUUCAAUGGUCCUGGUAGUUCGCUCCAGUCUCAAAGCCUUUGGCAAAAGCGAGCCAAGAACUUUGAGCAUCGAUGCAAAAGACUUCGAAAACUAAGCCCGAACGCAAUAGUUACCUGGGCACUUACGUUCUCGCCUAACUCAUGGCUUGUGCAUAAUAUGCGCAAUGAUAUUUUCUCAUGCUUGGUUACCUUUGUUGAUAGCCGGCCGCCAAAACUGUGGCCAUCUAAAGUAUAUGAUCUCCUCGAAGCUUUGCAAAAGGAUGCCGAGCUUGCGCAGAAUCCUCAUUAUGGUCAGUUCGUGUCUGAUUUAAAUACUAAUCGACCUGAUGUAAGUAAAGAUAUAUAUAUAAUUCAUUUAAAUUAA